AUGGGCGCAAGCACAAGAACGGGAAAGUUUGCGGUCGGUUUUACGGCUUUUGCAUUUUUAUUUAUUCUGAUCGCUUUCUGCUCGCCCUACUGGCUGCAAACAGAUGGCGAGCUGGAGCACCCGAAGUUCACCAAUCUCGGCCUAUGGGAGCUGUGCUUGCGCAACUUCCAAGAUAUUCACCGAUGGUACGAUUACCCCUUCGAUGGGUGCAUGUGGAUAUUCGAGGAGGAGUACUACAUCAUCCACGACUACAUCCUGCCCGGAUUCUUCAUUGCGGUGCAGUUUUUCUUCACGCUUUGCUUCACCUUGCUCCUGAUGGGUGCUCUUAUGACGCUCAUGUUUUUGACAUGCUCGCGGGACAACGAUCGAUACGUAAUGCUGUUGUUGACCAACGGUACCGUUUUGCUGAUGGCAGCAUUUUGCGGUCUCAUAGCGGUGGCCACGUUCGGGUGUUACGGUGAUAGCCGCGACUGGAUGCCAAACUGGGAGCAUAAUGAUAUGGGGUGGUCGUUUGCAAUGGCCGUCGUCGGCACGUUUGCCCUAUUUCCGGCAGGGAUACUGUUCAUCGUGGAGGCACGACGAGCGACCUAUCGUCGUUUGAAUAACAUCGCCAAUACCGAGCUGGCCGCGGCAUACACCAUGGACGAGCGAAAAUAUCGCGGAGGACAUACCGAUAUAUAAGAUUAUAAAGCAUUCCGACUCGGAAUGCAGCACUAACGAUGCCUUUUACCGAUAGGUUAAAUCUAUUUUUUAUAUUAAUCAUACAUUUCCAUUUCGAUUAGAACGUGUAACGCGUACAAAUGCAGGCAAGUGGGCGAAAGUUAGCUAUAGGUAAUAAUCUCGUAAAGAACCGAAAUCCGUCCAAGAGGAAUAAAUGUAAAGUUUACCUGUGUCUUACAACAUGCGACAGUUCCAUUAAAUGCUCAUUAUUGGGUCGUUAGCGCGAAAG